GGAAGUGACGCAAAACCGGCACCGCCGGGGCUCGCCGUGAGUGCCGCCGGACCCAGUUUCUGUUGCCCUGGACGAGGCGGGCUUUCCUUGGAUGGUUGCAGCAGCGGGAUCAUGACGGGGAAGAAAUCUUCCCGGGAGAAGCGGCGCAAACGGAGCGGUCAGGAAGCAGCCGCUUCGCUCGCGGCCCCAGACCUGGUUCCCGCCCUCGUCAGCAGCGGCAGUGGAAGCACCAGCGGCUGCGGGAGCACCAGCGGCUGCGGGAGCCUGAGCUGCUGCGGGAACGCUAGCUUCAGUGGCAGCGUCACGGGCGGCGGGAGCAGCGCGGAGCGUGGGGAGCGCCGCAAGCGCCGGAGCACCGACUCUUCGUCCAGCGUCUCGGGCUCCCUGCAGCAGGAAACCAAGUAUCUCUUGCCAACUUUGGAAAAAGAAUUAUUUUUGGCAGAGCACAGUGACCUUGAAGAAGGUGGACUGGACCUGACUGUGUCGUUAAAACCAGUUAGUUUCUACAUCUCAGACAAGAAGGAAAUGCUCCAGCAGUGCUUCUGCAUCAUAGGAGAGAAGAAGCUACAGAAGAUGCUUCCCGAUGUGUUAAAGAACUGUUCAAUAGAAGAAAUUAAAAAACUAUGCCAAGAACAGUUAGAACUCCUGUCUGAAAAAAAGAUCUUGAAGAUUCUUGAGGGUGACAACAGUGUGGACUCCGAGAUGGAAGAAGAGGCGGAUGAUGGCUCAAAGAUGGGAUCUGACUUAGUCAGUCAACAAGACUCCUGUAUAGAUUCUGCAUCAUCUUUGAGAGAGAACAAGCAACCUGAAGGUUUGGAGUUAAAACAAGGCAAAGGGGAAGAUAGUGAUGUACUCAGUAUAAAUGCAGAUGCUUAUGACAGCGACAUAGAAGGCCCCUGCAACGAAGACGCGGCUGCUCCGGAGGCCCCAGAGAGCGCAGUGCAGACUGAAGCUGGUCAGAUAGAUGACCUGGAGAAAGACAUUGAGAAAAGUGUCAAUGAAAUUCUGGGGCUGGCGGAAUCCAGCCCCCAGGAACCCAAAGCGGCCCCCCUGACUGUUCCUCCGCCGGAAGACGUUCAGCCCUCUGCACAGCAGCUGGAGCUGCUGGAACUUGAGAUGAGGGCGCGAGCAAUUAAGGCCCUCAUGAAAGCUGGUGAUAUAAAAAAACCAGCCUAGUUAUUUAAAUGGAGUUUGAGUUUUAGAUGUGUUCAAACAAUGCUACAUCAUAAAAUUUUGUAUCUGAAGUUUAUUUGGGUCUUGUGUGGUAUUUCUCAUGUAAACAUUACUAGGUAAACUCACCUUAGGCCUAAAAUACCUUUUUAAAAAAACUUUUAUAUUAUAAUGUGUGUUUGAACUCAUGGCAAUUAUAACUGGGUAGGCUGGAUUUUUGUUAGACAAAUAUUUAGCUAUGUGUGCAAAUUAAUCUCUUAAAGCUAUUAAGAAAGAGUUAUGGUAUUUUUUCUUUGUUUUGACUCUGCUUUAAGAAAGAUUGGCUCAAGCUUUAAGAAAGAUUGAGCAAGCAUGCUUCUCUUAAAGCUACUUACAUUUUGCAAUACAAUAUUAAAUUAUUGCUCUUAGAUUUGUUAAGAAAUAGUUUUGCAUAUGUGUACUUUUAAAAUGUACCGUUUUGAAGAUUGCUUUUGUGGAUGUGGAUUUCCUAGUUAAAACUGAGUAGCAGUUUCUAUUAUAAGGCUUAGGUAUCUGAAAUGGCUGAGAAAACUUUUUAUAAAGAAACAGAGGACUCAAUUUGAGGCAGUUCUUUACAAUGUAGAGCUGAUUGCUCAUGUUUAAUUGUGGCAGACAACCCUUUCUAGCAGGUAAUUGAUUCUGUUGGACAUUUUGUUUAGUUUUUUCUUCCAUAAAAAGGAACAAAUUGCCUUUACAUUCCAAACUAUCAGGAAAAGGAGGAUAUUUUAUCAUGCAGAGUUUCAUGGGAUGUUGUUGCUUGAACAACAUUGUUGUUGCUUGGUAUUUACGUGAAUCAAAAAUAAUAAAAGACUUGUCAUUCUGGAUCUGAAGACUUUGAUACUUUUCCAAGAACAAAAUUAGUUUCAAGAACCUUUGAGAAGUUGAUGUUAUAGUUUAUCUAAUUUUAUAUAGAUUUUAUAAACAAAUUAGCAUCCUGCCACAAUUACCGAUUCUGUCAUUACUAAGCAGUUGUUUGAUACCAAAAUAAAUUUAAGUAGGAUCCCUUAACUUAUAUAUUUUCUAAGUGGAAAUCUUGAGCUGUUUUAUAUUUGGUAACAAGUAUAGUAUAUAUUUUAUUUAGAAGCCAUACUCUACUAACAUAGUUUGAACACUUCUACACAACUUGCUAGGAUUAUGUUUUAUUAGGUGAUUCAGUUAUAGUUCAUGUUAAAGUGUUUUUCAAUGGAAAUUUCUAUUCCAACUUGGAAUUUAAUAAAAGAGUACAGAAUAAGCUUUAUUGCUACUUACUAAUUAUUAAAGUAGAUGGUAUUUGUGUUCCUAAACAUUUAAGAGUAGGAAAGACCUCAGUUCUAUAGGUGUUUAAAGUUACCGUCUUCAUGAAGCAUUGUGGAUCGUGUACAGUGUGCAGAGUAGUUUGGAUGGUAUUUGCUUGCAGUAAGUAUGUGUGAGAUAGAAGACACUGAGCAAAUUAGUGGCUACUUAGAGUCCUAUCUUUUUGAAAAUCUGUUUUUUCUUCUUUUAAAUUUUAAUGUUUAAAGAUUUAAGAGCUGUCUGAAAAUGACUGACUUUAGUGAAUAGGAGUAAGUUUGUUUUAAAAGUGCCUGAGCAGUGGGGAAAACACCACAAACAGUCUGAUGGUGCCCCUGAAAUUAUCAGCUCUCAGUGACUGCCCUGGAGGUCUUCAGUUCUGUUCAGAUCUUAAACCCAGAGAGGUUAAAGGAUAGAUUUUUAGCAGGUAUAGACUGAAUUCUCUAUGUGAAGGUAUAAAUGCAGCUUCUUGUUAUGCCUGAUGCCUUCCUUUUGCUAAGGUAAGGAAAAUGUUUAGGCAUUGAUUAGUAAUUAAAUUUUAAAAAUAGCAACUGAAUUUUCCAUUUAAUGUAAAACAAUCCUAAUUGGCUAGGAACUUAACUAAGAUUCUUAUCAUUGGGUGGCAACUGUUGUCCUCUGCAUUGGUGAGCAGUUACAAGCAGUAGGCUUUAGCCCACUUUCAGAUAUUUCUGUAUAUUCAGAUAUCCUAAAAACCUAUCAGUGAAAAAUUACCCAAACCCUCGCAUCUUUUUGUUAAACACCACCUGUUCCUUAAGCUAGGAAGCAGUAUAUCCUUUAUAAAUCUUUCUGCCAAAACCUAUUUUCAGUAAAAUGCUAGAACUAAAUCAUGAGUUACCUGGCUAAAGGCCUCCUUAGUCAUCUGAACCUAAUACAGAUUGCAGUAAAAUGUGUGCUUUUCAGUGACAUUUGAAGUAGAUAAAACAAGGAUGUAGUUGCAGUUUGGGCCAAAUAUUUGGCAUUCUCAGUUCUGGUCUGUCAUACAAAGUAGGAAAAAAGAGUUUGAUUUUAGAUAUAGUUCCUGAAAAGUAAAUUUAACAAACUUUCUUCUUUAUUUUUAAAAGUGCCAAUGAAUGUAUGUACCAGUAGGAACUCAGAUGUAUUACUUUGGUAGUUGAUAAUUAUUUUAAGAUGCUUUGUGAUACAAUGAAAAGAAUGUGAGAGUUAGCAGAUGGUUCUGACUGCUCUAACCAUCUGUGUAACCUUGUACAAGUAAUUGUAAAGUGAAGCAAAUUGUCAGCCAAAUGCAAGAUUAUCUAUCAGCUGUAAUGGUCUGAUUUUAAUACAGAAUACUAUAAAGUUUAAGAAACGUAGAACUCUUGAGUUCAAGUAUUUAUCUCCUCCAUUUCCUUCCACCUGCAAUUCCAAAUGAAACAAUCUAUUUAAUCUCUUUUUUGUCUCUUGCUGUUCUGGAUAUAAACAAAGUCUAGGUACCUCUUUUUCCUUCUACCUAUUAUAGUCCUCAUUGUCAGCAUCUCUUGGUAAGUAUACUGCUUAGAGUUACUCACUUUGGACUGUUUUAUUUCAGAAUAAUAUUUCCCUCCUUGGUCCAGGGAUUGAACCUAGGGCCUCACAUGCACAGACCUUUCUUAGGUGUAUUUUGAGGAAAGGUCUCACAGAGUUACUAAGUUGUCUGGGUUGGGCUUGCUCUUGCAGCCCUCCUGCCUCAGGUGCGCAGAGUUCAGGGAUAAUAUGCAUGUUCAACUGUGCUAGGCUAAUGUGUGAAUAAUUUUAAGUCAGACCAGGGUUCCCCCUGCCAAAGCUGGUAGUGAAAAAUAACACUUCUGCCAUGUUUAUAACAGGCUAUCAUUUCAUUGUGGUUGCCACUUUGAAAUCUUUUAGCUGUUUCUUGUAGCAUUUGUAUAUAUUGCUACAGAGUGACAUGAUCAUUGAUAUUGGACUUUUAUCUGUUGAUCUGUUUUGAAAUGUGAAAGUUAAGCUCUAGUUCCCCUAACUCUCCCUUAAACUCAUACCUACCUCUUUUAUUCUUCCAAUAUAAUGUAGUUGUGUUACACUUUCUGAUACAGUUAGCGGUUGGUAGUUAUACUAGUUGUGCUAUGUAAUUGCAGUCAUAAUUGUUCUAUGUGGUAACCAUAAAUAUAUUUUGUACAACUUUAAGUUUUUUGGAAUGGAUAUAAUUGUGUAUUUUAUUUGUUCAGUAUUGUAUGUGGCAGACGUUAAUUUAUGCCUAAAUUGCCCUGUAGGAAUAUAAAUCCCGUACUAGGUUCAGGCAUAUCAUGUGACCUGUCACUUUCCAUGUUGUUUAAUGGUACCCCUCCUGCAGUGCUCUGUCUUUCUGGUAAUUUAGGUGAGUUGCUCUCUGUGUUUGAAGUUGGGGCCAUCAUUCCUGACUUUUGUCUUCCUCUUGGUUUAUUCCCUCAUUUUGCUGGUGUACUCAUCCAGCAGCUUUCUGUGAAAGAUGAAUUAACUAUGAAUUGUUUUGAUUCCUUUGGUGAUUCAGCCUAGCUUAGUUCUGUCUAAGCUGACAGUUGGGAAGCAGUGUUACUUAAAUGUAGAUGUCUGGACUCAAGAGUCAUUGGUAGCACUGCACCAACGACUUCCAACUUCAUUGAGGCUGUUAAGACUUCCUUUGUCAUUCUGACUUCUAAUAUAUGUCUUGUUUAUUUCUCUCUGGAAGUUGUCAGAGUAUGAUUUUAUCGCUAUUUCUCUGAAAUUUCCUGAUGAUUUAUAGCUACAGAUCUUUUUCUUCCAUUGAGUUUAUCAUUGGACUCUGGGGAAAUCAUGUCAUUCCAUUUUGGAAGUUUUUAAGUAUUACUUUUUGGGUUAUAUUUUAGUUUUCUCUAGUCUGUAAUUCAGAUAAUCAUUUUAUUCAGAUCUAUCUUAGUUUUAAAAUUUUAUCUGAGUUUUAAAAUUUUUAUUUCUACUUUGUAUCAUUUCUAGUUUUUCAUAUUUUUUCAAUUGUUCUAGUUCUUCCUGUGGAUUUCUUUAAAGCAUAUUAUCAUUUUUAAUAUACAGAAGUUUUCUAUUUUUAUUUUCUGAGUAUUCUUUUUUUUACAGUAGCAUAAUGAAGGUUGCAAAUGUGGCAUAGUGGUAGAGUGCUCGCCUUGCAUGUGCAGGGUCCUGGGUUUGAUCUACAGUAUCACAAAAAAUACAUACAUACAUACAUACAUACAUACAUACAUACAUACAUACAUAGGUAUUCUUGUGUCUAUAAGGCCAUGGCUCCAGUCUGAUCACCUUGCCCAUAUCUUGUUAGGCCAGGCAGAUUGAACUGGAACCUCAGACUGACCUGAAUCCUGGAGGAAUACCCUAAGAUCAUUCCAAGGAUAUGGCAAGAUAGGCAGUCUUGUGGGGAGCACUUACAGGAUCAUUUUCUCAUCUCCCCUCUGGGAGGUUAAGGCAGUUUUUCACCUCCCUCCUUGCUCUCUUUGCAACCUGAGAUUUUCUACCUUUACUUCCUUAGAGCACAGCCUCGGGCUAUCAAAUUGCUGAGCUGCAGCAUAGCAUUAGCUUCAUAGCAGCAGGAUGUCCCAUGCCUCCUGUUACAUUGUCAUCUGGUCCCUUUUAUGUUGGUGUUACCCAACACACAGAGGCCACAGAGACUUGAUGUCGUCUACUGUCUCACUAUCUGUAAGUAAUAAACUGAAUAUAAAUUCAGUUAUUUUUUAUAAAUUAUUUUCUUUCUGAAUCUGCCAGUACUUCCUGGCUCUUGCCUUGGCCUUGUACUUGAGUUUUGUGGAUGUAACAUUGUACCUCUGAGAAUAUUUAUGUUUUAAUUUCUAUCUUCUAUUUCCUUCAAGUUAAUUUUUUCUUGUUUAUUCUCAGAUUCUCAAAUUUUCUCAAAUUUCCUUAAAUUUUUGCUGAUACCUGAUUGAUAGUUGCUAAGUGGAAGCUCUUUGUUUUUGAUUAGUCCUAGCAUUUGGUAGAUUUCCAUAGGCUGACCCUGGCUUUAUUUCUGUGUGUACAUCUGAGUUUAGAAUCUUAUGCUUGCACUUUGCCUAAAUCUUUGGUGGAUCUGAUUAAUGAGUGCUGCUUGUUGCCUGUUCUUGAGGAGACCCAACUUCCCUAUUGUGCACCUCUUACACCCUGGAAGAAGUUGGGAUCUUUACAACUCAGCCUUACUUAGGUUUGUGCUCAGAAUUAAAUCCCUUCUUGAUGUCACUUCUCAGUAGGCACUUAGGUUACAUUUCUCUUCAUCUGCUAAGACACUUUCAUUCAUUUAUUUGUGCUCCAGCUUCCAGUUUUCUAGAUCAUCCUUGUCAUCUCUUUUAUUGUCCAAAAUAGGUGAUGCCUUUUAACCUUUGUCACUGUGGUAAGUUUCCCUGGGGAGUCAUUGCACAUGUGGCAGUUAUAUGCUGCAUUUUUAAGACCUUCAUUUUGAGAUGACAGUGUUUUUCUUCUCACCCAUUUCUGUUUAGGCAUUGUUAGUUUACUUCUGAUUUCCUUUUUUUUUUUUUUUUAAUAUUUUGGUGCUGAGGAAUCCAGGGUCUUUCAUCACCCUAGCUGCUAGUUCUGAUUUCUGAUUUUACUUUCAUUUCUGUUUUUUCGUUGAAUUCUGUUGCCUCAUAUCUAAUUCUGGUUUAUGUAAUUCUUUUAUGACUAUUAGCAUUUUCUUUAAAUGAUUUUCAUCUAAUUGUAAAAUACAGCGUAGUAGACUUAAUAUGUUAUGUGGGUUUUUAUAGUUUUACUGUUCAUAUGGAUGUCAUUUUGCUCCUUUUUAAAAUAACAUUACAUGGGAUUUAACAGUAUUUGUGUUUCUCAUUUUUAUGUUCCUUUAAAAAGAAACUUGGCUUAGGUUAGCUUUUCUACUUUUUUGUUCUUUUGUCUGUUACUACUCUUUGGUGGUGUAAAGUAAGGCAACUUGCUUUCUGAGAAUUACUACUCUGGUCUCUUCUUCCACUUUUACCUAAUUUCUCUUUCUUUUGCUUUUCUCCCUCUCCUCAGUUUUGAUUCUACAACUUGUUUUUCCUUACUAUGAGAAUGUACCCUAAGAGUCCUGGCUGAUCAGAUGAAGGAAGUCUUAGAGGCUACACAAAUCCAGCUACUUUCAGACCUUUGUAUAAUUUAUAUUUGAUUUAUCUUAAUGUAUAGUCUCACUGUCAGCUGCUAUUUCAAAUCGACUUCCCAUGAUUUUCACUUAUUUGACUCUCUCCUAGUAUCAGGUCUCUUUGAUGCCAGCUGGCUUCUUUUGUCUCUCCUAUAGAAGUCCUGAUGUCAUGGUCUUAGGACUUGUUUGUGGUCUGUUCUAGUUUGUAUUGUGGAGUUUGUGGAGAUACUUAGUUUUUAAAUGUUUUGCGGUUUCUAUUGCCCUGGUUUAAAUGGGGCUAUGAAGAUCCUUAAAAACCCCUUUUACUGUCAUCUUUAGUUAUGUUUGUAAAAAAAAUAAUAAUACAGUGUUUUAUAUCCAGGAGAACUAAUUUAUAUGUAAAAUAUGUUACUGAAUUAUUUUCCAAAUUUUCUUAAAAUAUUUUAAUUUUUACAAGUUAUUUAUUUGAAAACCAAACCCUCUUAGUUAUCUUAUUUAGUAGAAGCAAUUGUUAGUCUGAAGGUAAAGCAAGUUAUCUCUGCUCAUUAUAGAAAGGAAUUUAGUUUUUAAGAUAUUUUUAUAAUAAUUAUCAGUUGAAAGAUCUUUUUAAAUCAAAAGUAUAAUUGAUAUUAAACUAAAAGUAUAUACUUUUAUAGUUUCAAAAGGAUCAGUAUUUUAAUGAUGCUUUAAAAUUCCUUGAAAGAGGAGAAAAUUCUUUGUACUACUUGUAAAAGAUAGUUUCUUUUCAGCAUUUUAUAUUUAUUCAUUGUUCUUCUGUUUUACCAUAUCUUCCUGUCUUCUCCACAGAGAACAUAUCUUUCUCAAAGUUCAAAAAUGGAUUAGAAGUUCUGGUAACUUAUCCCUGCCUUAUACAUUUGACAUAAAAUGUAAAAAAGUUCUAUUUGUAGUGUGAUGCUCAAAAUCACCAAAUUGAUAGAAAUGUGGCAUUAUUGCCUAUCAUAUUUAUUAGUCUAUUGUAACAUAGAACCUCUCUGCCCAAAAAGUGAUUCUGCAGGCAUCAGUAAACAUUAUGAAGUUUUUAUUUCUGGUAGUGAAAAAGAUAGCUUGGGGUAGUUGAUUGUAGGAAAGCAGUGGUUUUGGUGUUAAAUCUCUGUAUGAUGACUUUUGGUGGGAUUUUUGUACUAAUAAACAUGGAAGAAGAUGGGGCUGGGGAUUUAGCUCAGUGGCAUAAGCAGCUGCCUUGCAAGCAGGCAGUUGUGAGUUCGAUCCCCGGUACUGAUAAAAAGGAAAAAAGACUAAAAAAAAAAAAAAAAAAACAUGGAAGAAGAAAAUAUGAACAUUAAGAUAUCAAAUUAAAAUCUGACUAUGAGGUCCGUUGACUUAUCCAUUACUGUAUAAACUAGUAUUUAUUUCUACACCAAUCCUGCAAUAAGAACGAGAAAAAAGUUUAUUACAUUUUCUUAUUUAUAACCAAAUUUCAUUGUUAAAAUACUGCAUUUUCUUGUCAGACUUCAUGUUUUGUAGUCAUUUCUUGCUGUUAACAUUAAAAUAUGUAAAUGGAAUACUCAUGUAUUCUGACACCUGUAAAAAGGUUUUUGUUGUUCACUAGUUAAUCAGACUCCUGGUAGAGUCCCUGGAGGAGGAAUCAAAGGGUAACUGUACUUACUGCUUGGUUACAAAAAUGUGCAUGGCAACCAGUCAUCCUUGUUUUAUUUUAUGUUUUUAAUAUGUGUUCAUCCAGUCGGCUAUUCUUUUUAAAUAUCUGUUAAGAUGUUGUCUUUUUGCCACCUAAUCUGCAGGUGGAAAAUCUCUGAUAUUUGUUUGAACUCUCUGGUGAGGGUGUGGAUUUUACCUUGACGAAAUCAGUCUUAAAGAACUUACUGCUCUUCCUGUUGAGUAAAUGAAAUCAGUCCCUCUAGUUAUAAAAUACGUUUAUAUCAACACAUGAUCAAGGAUAAGAACUUGGUUUUUAGUAGGUAAUGAGGGGUAGUUCCUGCCAUAGUCUUUGAGGCAACUGAACCAGCUGAUCAUGGACUGAAACUUAGGAAAGCAUAAACCUUUUCUCUGUGUAAAAACAAAAUUUGACUUUCAUGUCUUCAUUUAUAUAUUAAUAUUAAUCCAUGUUUUUUGAAACCUACUAGGUUUUAAUGAAAGGUAAGCAUUUCAUAGAUAAUUAUUUUUUGAAUUCCCCAAAUCUUAAGUGCACUGAUGGGAAAUUCAGAAACUAUAGUUUCUUAUAAACUAGUGCAUCAUCACGGUUAAGAGUUUAAUUGCAUAUUGGUUUAAGUGGUUUAUCUUUAAUAGUAAGAUAUUAUUAGAAAAUAGAAUGUUGAUUAAUUUGGUGUGAAUUUAGAACUUACGGAAUUACCAGAUGAAUAGCAGCUGAAGCAUAGUUAAGCACAUUAGCAUGGUUGGUGGGUCUGCUUUGACCCAGCAUACCUGACCAGUCGUUUCUGUCUGCUCUUCUUUAUUCUUUCUCUUUUCUCUUUUUAUUACUUAGCUCUUUUGUUCCUACCAUUUCUUUGCUUGUCACUUUCUUUAAUUGGUCAUUUUUUGGUUACAGUUUUUUUUAGUUCUUUGCUAUAUUCUCAAUUUGGAAACUUCAAGAAAAAUGGAAAUAUAUACAAUUUUAUGUAAAGAUGUAGUUUUGGAUUUUUUUGAGAGUUUUAUCACAGAACUGGAUAAAUAGACUCCUUGACUGAAAUCUAGAUUCAAAUAUCAAUACAUUUAAUGUUUAUUGCAUGUGGCCUGCAAAUAUAUUUACUUAGAAUUUCUAUUUUUUCCAUUAAAGAGUAGAUUAAAGCUUUUGGCCAGCCACUUCCUCUCCUUAUUCUACACGAUCAUUUCAGUACUUACAGUCACUUAAAUAUUUAUUCUUCUCCUGCCUUUUCCCCACAACCUGAAUUUAUUAAAAUAUAUGAGUGUUAUGUUAAGUUCAAAGAAUCUUUUAAAAAGACUUUAAAAUCCUAAUUUCUUGUUUGCAGUGUUGUAGAUUUAUUGAAAAUAACUUGGACAAAAACUAGAAAGGAGAAACGUCCUAUCAAGGAAUAAUUUAUUGGCUCUUGUACCUUCUCCAAUAUUUGAAAUCAUUAUCUGUUGAUCAAAUUAGGGAUAUGUAAACCUUUUUUCACUAGCAAAAUUAUGCUUGUGUGUGUUGCAUAAACAUGCACAUGUUCAUACAUGGUAAUACUGAGAAUAAAAAAUAACGAGCAAAUGACAACAUAGAGAGAAGGUAUUUUCACAGUAUAAAAGCCAUAUAGUUAAUACACUUAAGACAUCAACAUCUCUUGCAGAAACUCCUGAAAUUGUAUGAUGCUGACUCCUUAAGCUCAGAAAAUACUAAAGGUAUGUGAGUUCUGGGAAGAGUGCACAAACAAGCAUGGACAGUGACAUCUGACACAAGUGACAGAUCCAUAGGGAUAUGGUUCUUAGAUUAGUGCAGAGACAAAUAGUAUUCCAUGCUGGGGGGUUAUUUACUGUGUCACCCUGCAUUAUGAUCAUUGGUGCUUCUAUCAGUGAAGCAGCCUACAAGAAAUAGGGUUCACGUGCAGUUGUGUGUAAAUAAGUUUUGUUGUAAAUACAAAGACUUUGGUGUAAGAACACAACAUGGGCAACUUUCUUUGAUUUACUGCAUAAAUAAGAUCCUUUUCAGGUAGCCGUCUGAAAACAUUAUAUCCACUUACAUUAGCUUGAAAUCCUGGUUGCAAUCAUACUCUUUAAGUUUUCUGGAAGCGAUGUAAUUUUAGUUUACUGAAACAGUAAAGGAAAUGGACUUGUGUACUCUGUGGUAGAUGAGCACUUAGUGUUCUUUAAAGUGUAUGUUUUUCAGUGAAAGUGGAAAUUAGCCCCAGAAGUAGUGUGCUGGUUUGACACUUUGAAGGCAUAAGCUCAGUGAGGAAUGUAAUUAGGGAUAGCAGGUGUCUGUUUGGCAGGGAUAUGUGGCACAUUCAGGUAGCACACACUGCUUGGUGUUCUGUAUUGACAGAUUACCCAAGGUGCCACCCUCCCCACCCCACCCUGGCAGUAGUUGCCAUUACCUGUCUGGUGCUUAAUGUGACAAGAUUUUUUCAUUUGUUUAUUUUUUGUUUCUGGUUGCUUGUAGUGGAAUGAUGAGAUCCUAACCAAAGAACACUGUCAUAUUUUUAUGUAACAAGUAUGCGUAUGUCAUUUGUCUGAAAGGGAGCACAACCGUGUAAGAAAUCAGACCUUUUGUUAGCUGUGUCUUGGCUGUCUCAGCUUUCUCAGAAUUUGCUGCCGUGUUGCAGUGAACACUUUCUGAGUGCCUUGUUUUAAAGUUUUGGGUUUAUGUUAUUCUGAAAGGAAAGGCCCCAAAGUAUAUUUUCAUAAUGGUCUCUGUAAAUGUUAAAAUCUAACUAGUCAAAGCAAUGAAUCUUUUCCUUUGCUGAUGUUAUGUAAUAAGCAACAACUCAGUAAAAUAAUAAAACAAUAAACUUAAGAUGUUCUUUUAAUGUUUUGAA